CCUGCCCCGUGGGCACCCAGCCCCAGCUCUGCAGCCCCCUCUGCUCCCAGAGCUGCACCAGCCUCUCCUCCCCCCCCCAAUGCAGCACCCACUGCUUCGAGGGCUGCGCCUGCCCAGCAGGAGAGCUGCUCAACGGGGACGAAUGCGUCACCCCCGACGCCUGCGGCUGCCUGCACCGCGGGCGCCUCUUCCAGAUCGCUGACACCGUCCUCUCGGCCGACUGCAGCCAGACCUGCACAUGCCGUUCUGCAGGGGGCAUGGAAUGCAAACCAACCGGUUGCCCAUUCGGCCAAGUUUGCACCACGGAAGACGGCGUCCGUGUGUGCAAAGAGGAACCCGGGCGUUGCACCUUGGUCCCUUCCUCACGUUUCCUGUCCUUCGAUGGCAACCAAGGGGCCACCGCGGCCGUCGGGAUCUACGUGGUGGCUUCUCUUUGUCACCACGGUCACCCGCAUUGGUUUCGGUUGCUGGCUGACGUGGCGGAGGAUGAGGACAGAGCAGUGGUGGCGGCGUUGCAUCUCUACAGCCGUGCUGCUUUCGUCACCGUCCGGAGGGAUAAGAAAGUUUGGGUAGGUGGUCUUCCGUGCUUUGGUCGCAGCUGA